AUGGUUGCUACCCGCGCUACCCGCCAAGAAAACCCUCGUGCCCUGCCGACCUCCGUGACUGAACCUGUUGUGGACAUGUCUGAUGCCGACAUGGACACCCAGCUUGACGCUGACGAUGCGCUCAUUGACGGCGACGUUCCCCAAGACGUCGACAUGGACGCAGACCCCCCAGUCACCGCCCGCGUCCCGUUCCUUUGCCCCGAUUCCUCGUGUGUCGUCGGCAUCUGCACGUGGCCAGAAGAACCCGACGAAAAUUUUGUCGCGUCCAACUGGCCCUAUUCCUGA